UUCAUCAAAACAUUCUGAUUAUUUUUGGCAAGAUUUCAUCAGUAGUUUGAAAAUGUGAUGAUUUUUUGUAAUUUCUCGUUAAUAAAAUAAUCUUUCGAAUGUCAUGAAGCUGUAUUCGUUGGCGGUCGUUUGUUUACUGCGGUUCGGUCGUACUUCGGGCCAGCGGAAGUGACAUGACAAUAACCUGCUUGGAGAGGGAUGGUGUCGUUGCCGAUCUCCGUUUAGCGGACUCCUUUUAUUCAAAAUAUGAAGUUCGUGAUGUCUUGGGUUCUGGAGCCAGUAGUACUGUGCGACGUUGCAUCGAAAAAGACUCUAAGGCCGAAUUCGCUGUUAAAAUUUUAGAUCUUAAUAGUGGUGUAGACACCUCAGAAGUUAUACGUUCAGAAUGUAUGCGAGAGGUGACAAUUCUUAGAAAAGUAGUCGAUCACCCCAAUAUCAUAAAAAUUCAUGAUGUUUUCGAAGGAGAUGCAUACAUAUUUCUGGUCUCAGAAAUUUGUCAAGGUGGUGAACUUUUCGACUAUCUAACCCACAACGUCAUUAUUUCCGAAAAACGUACUCGUGCAAUCAUGCGGCAGCUGUUUGAUGCUGUUAAUUUUAUCCAUGAGCGUCAAAUCGUCCAUCGAGAUCUCAAGCCGGAAAACAUUCUUCUUGAUGAAAAUCUUAACAUUAAAGUUACGGACUUUGGGUUGGCUGUAUUCGUUGACGAUGAAGAAGAGCUUAAAGAAACUCGUGGAACACCAGGUUACUUGGCACCAGAGGUCCUGAUGUGUGGUUACUAUGACGACCAACCUCCUUAUGGUCAACCUGUAGAUAUUUGGGCAUGUGGUGUAAUUAUGUAUACUCUGCUAGCAGGUUGUCCCCCUUUUUGGAAUCGUAAAGAACAUUUGAUGCUGCGCCAGAUUAUGGAAGGCCGUUUCUCUUUUCCUAGUCCAGAAUGGGAUGAUAUCAGCGAAUCUGCAAAGGAUCUAAUAUGUAAAAUUCUAGUUGUGGAUUCCAGCGUAAGGUUGACAGCUUUAGAUUCAUUGAAUCAUGUAUUCUUCCUACAACAAGGGGGCACCAAAUAUAUAUACGCCACACAAAACAAUGAUAAUUUGAAGAGAAGGAGAAAAAAAAAGUAAUGAACGUGGGGAAUUAUAAAUAAAUAAAAAAAAAGAGAGAGAGAACAAUGAUGGGGAAAACGAAAAGGUACAAUCAUAAGAAAUCUUUCAGUUAAGGAAGAUACAACCACUUUUUAUGAAGAAGGUUACAGCAAGAUCGCCACUGGCUUCUAUUCUAAGCCAUAUCUGAUAACGUCUCUAGAAAUCACCCCAAUCCCUAGACGAAAAUUUUUGAUCAAACUUUAAAGGUAAUCAUACUUAAACUCGUUUCGAUAUUUACAGAUACAAUUCAUAUCUAUUUCUUUCUUUCUUUCUAGUUUAUCUUUGUAAAACUUUUUAAUGCAGUCGGUAGCUAAAUGGUUAGGGCGUUCACAGACUAAGACUGCGUUACACCUACUUCAGUUUACACAACCGGGUAGUAUCAUUAACUCUCACACCUGGAGUGUAGCUCAAGGCCAAAUAUACGAGCUUGUACCUUGUAAAUAAGUUAUAAAUAAUGAAGAAAGUCCCUUCAAAAAUAUGUUAGGCAAACAACUGUUUCUAUAUUAUAAUUAGAUGCAUAUUUACUUAAUAAAAUUGUAUUCGAAGCAUAUACUAGUAAUUUUCUCAUUUAUUUUAUAUUUGUUUCAGCCUAUAGUUGGAAAGAUAGCCUUCAAUGCUAGACAGAAAUUUAAGACUGGUAUGUUGGCUGUCAGCUUUAUAUUUUACCUACGCCGUUUAAAAGUGGAUGCUGCCUAUUUGAAUAUCAAUCAGUUAUCUAUGGAUCCAUAUUCAAAUAAGAAAUUGCGUAAAAUUAUUGAUACACUUGCCUAUGAUGUUUAUAGUCAAUGGGUUAAGAAAGGUGAAGAACAAAAUCGUGCUGAAUUAUUUGAAAAUGUACCACGUCGUGAUAUGAUUGAUACACCAGAAGCAAUAUUUCACAAUAGUCCAAAACGUUCACUGUUGUCCGGUGAUUCCGUGAAUUAUACACCUUUCAAUUUUGAAGAUGAAGAUGAUGAAGAUAUCAGGAUACCGAUUAGAAUUGAUUAUUAAUAAACCCUUUAUUACAAUCUGUAGUCUAAAUUUAGCCCCCCCUGCCUCCUCUCAAUAUAUAUAUAUAUAUAUAUAUAUAUAUAUAUAUAUAUAUAACUCGGUGCAAUAAAACAAGUAGGCCCUACAUGUCUCAACAACGAAAACAGCAUGUAUGCAAAAACCUACCACCUAUUCAGAAUUAAACUUCCUUGGAGUAUUUUAUUUUCAUUUAUUUUCUAAUGUAUAAAAGAAAUUAUUUUUAUUCUAUCCUUUUCUCUCUCAUUUUCAUGUUUUUAUUCUAGUUGUAUUGUGUUAUUUUGCCACAUUUGGUUAGUCAAGUUGUAAUAAUCCUAGUUUACCAUCACUUAUUUCAUUGGGAUCCUCCGUUUGUUUGUUGUUGUUUUUUUUAAAAGAAAAACAAAUCACUCAUUUGUCAUUUUUCAACUUAUCAAUAACUUUAUUAUUUCUUCAAAAC